AUGGCCUACAACCUCUCAAUAGAAGUCUUCGGACCCGGCGAUAGCCCCCCACACCGAUCCCACUGGGGCUUCAUGAUCAACAAACCCGGGAACUGGGAAUUUGGUGAUCUCCUCCAAGUCGAGGUCAUCGAUUCAGACAGGUUAUGGUACGGAUUUGCGCCUCGGUACGCCACGAAGAUCAUUGACGAGGCGGCUGUGGGGAUGUGCAAGAUUGCCGAUCUGACGUCUCAACAACGACACGACGCGAUCAGGGUUAUCGAGAAGGAGCCUGCUCCUAGGGAUUCAAUUGGACGGUGCCAGGAUUGGACUUUUGAUGCUUUGCUGUCUUUGGAGAUUGAAGAGCUAGUUCCUUCUGGUACUUCUGCGUUCUGGAAGGGGAUGAUUGGUAGACCGGCACGAGAAGUUGCGGCAGCCUGCGGGACGCAGUGGACUGCCUUUGCUUGA